AUGAUUCCCGUCCGCCUCCGACACCCGCGAGGGGUGACGACCAUCGAGGUCGACCCCGAAACGCAGGGUGUGCGCGACCUCAAAGUCCUCAUCUUCUCGAGCACCGAGAUCCCACCCUCGGAACAAGAGAUCAAGUUCGGAUACCCGCCCAAGCCGCUGCCGGAUACGGCCGGCCGCCUCGCCAGCAUCCCCAUCACGCGCGGCGAGCAGCUGAUCGUGACGGCAGUGCGCGCGCGCUCGCCGAAACGCGCCCGCCGCCCGAGCGUCAAGGAACUUGAUGCCGAGCUCUCUGCCCCGCGCCCGCCGGCGCCAGCCGUCGACACCGCACGCGACAUGCCCCUCGAGACGAGUGAGAGCGUCACGCUCCCCGGCGACGCUGGGUAUCUCCAGCUACGCAUCGUACCGGACGACAACUCGUGUCUCUUCUCGGCUGUCGCCGUCGUGUUCGAAGGCGGUAUUGAGGCGGCACAAAAGUUGCGGCGGGUGGUCGCGGACGCGAUCCGCGACGACCCCACCACCUACUCGGACGUCAUACAACCGCGCGAAACGUACAUCUCCAAAAUCCUUGAGCCGAAUACUUGGGGUGGAGCGGUUGAGCUGGCCAUUUUCGCGCAGCACUACCAAACAGAAAUCGCGAGUUUCGACGUCGCAACCGGCCGCUGCGACCGCUUCGGAGAGGACCAGCACGACCAGCGCUGUCUCCUAGUGUACUCCGGAAUUCACUACGACGCGAUGACGCUGUCGCCGAUGCCGGCUGCGCCGCCGAGCUUCCACACGACCGUGUUCCCCCUCUCCGACGCCGCGGUGAUGGACGCUGCGCGCACGCUCGUCCAGCGCCUCAAGGCGAAGAAAUACUAUACCGACACGGCCAACUUUGACCUCCGGUGCGGUGUGUGCGGCAUCGGCCUCAAGGGCGAGAAGGGCGCGCGCGAGCAUGCGAUGGCGACGGGGCACGUCGAGUUUGGGGAGUACUGA